UUGAGCGGUAGCGGCGCAACAGGAUGGCUUUCCCAAGGUUCCGCUCCUUCCAAGCACUCUUUCAAGAAGGCACUAUCUCACAGCUCAUANGCGGUCUCACAAUGCCUCCCGUAUACACCGAGCGUCAUGAGACGUGCGAUACAUACCUUCCGCGAAGUCCAGCCCCUCCGCACAUUCAGAAAAGAGCUUCAGGCAUCCCAAAGGACAGUGGGCUUCGUCCCGACUAUGGGCGCAUUGCAUGAGGGUCACAUCUCAUUAAUGCGUCAAGCCGCCGCCGAGAACACUGAUGUCUUCGUGAGCAUCUACGUCAAUCCUACUCAAUUCGGCGUCAAUGAGGAUCUGGACAGCUACCCGAAGACAUGGCAAGAGGAUAUGGACAAGCUACAAGCACUCAACAAGGAACUCAAGGCUAAGGAAGGGUCUGGAAGCAUUACUGCCAUAUUUGCACCCAUCACAAAGGUCAUGUACCCGACAUUGCCGCCAACAUCCGAGAUCACAGGUCCAGGAUCAUUCGUCACAAUCACGCCUUUGGGAAGCCUGCUUGAAGGUGCCUCACGCCCAGUCUUCUUCCGUGGUGUUGCUACUGUUUGCAUGAAGCUGUUCAACAUUGUCAUGCCUGAACGCGUUUACUUUGGACAAAAAGACGUCCAGCAGACGGUUGUGAUCAAGCGCAUGGUCAAGGACUUUCAUCUUGAUACCGAGGUUAAGAUUGGACCCACAGAGCGAGAAGCUGAUGGUUUGGCCCUGAGCUCGAGGAACGUCUAUCUAGGCGCAAGACGAAGGGAGGUGGGUGUGGUCUUGUCGCGUGCUCUCAAAGCCGCCGAGAAGAAGUAUUUGCAAGGAAAGCGUCUUCGUGCAGAUAUCUUAUGGCCUGCAAACGAGGUCUCGACAAGCAAGAUGAUGGAACAGGACGACUUGCCUCCAUCGAAGCGCGCGAGGGUUGAGGUGGACUACAUCUCACUGGCAGAUCCUGAUACUAUGGAAGAGAUUGAGGUUGUAGAUGCCUCUAAGGGUGCCAUCCUCAGUGGAGCUAUUAAGAUGCUACCUCUUGAGGAACCGCAAGAAGGAGAGGAUUGCGGUCUUGGUGGUGGCGCUGUUCCUGUCAGGCUUAUCGACAACAUUAUCCUACAGCCCAUAAACUAA